GCCGCCUCCCUCCCUUUCCUGCUCUGCCGGGGCCGCGGCAACCCGGCGCGUUCUCUGCUCGGUCCGGCCAACCACCCUCUGCAUGAGGGUGACCACAACACCAGCAGCGCGAUCGAUAGCCACCUACCCGGACUGCCCAAAUCCGCAGCGACGACAAAAAUUUUCCCAGCCCCGACCACGUGGCCCUCCGCCCAGUCUCCCAGCAUCCAGCCGACGCUACCAUUCUCGCGAUCACCCCCCUCCGCCAGGUCCCUUCACGCCCGCCGAAGCUACCCUCCUGUCCGCGGCUUACACACAUGUCCCCUCCCAUGGGUUCACGCCCGAAUCUCUCGCGCUCGGCGCGCGCGACGCCGGCCUGCUGGAUAUCAGCCCGUCAAUCCUGCCGGACGGCGUGUUCAGCCUGAUCCGCUGGCACCUCCAUACCCAACGCACAUCGCUCGCGGCCAAGGCACAACGUCUCGAGGCCGAGAAUGGGUCGAUGACGGUCGCGGACAAGGUGGAGGCACUGACGUGGGAAAGAUUGAAGGGGAACGUGGAGGCGGGCGUUGUCCCGCGGUGGCAGGAGGCCCUGGCAAUAAUGGCGCAGCCCUCCUACGUUCCAACCUCGAUCAAGGAGCUCGCGCAACUGGCCGACGAAAUUGUCUACCUAGCUGGCGACGUGUCGGUCGACCCGUCGUGGUAUACCAAACGCGCGUCGCUGUCGGCCAUCUACGCCGCGGCCGAACUGUUCCAGACGACCGACCAGUCGCCCGAAUUCCGCGAGACCCGAGCGUUCCUGCGUCGCCGGCUUGACGAGGCUGCCCAGGCCGGCGGGGCUGUGCGGUCGAUUGGGGAGUGGAUCGGAUUCAAUGCUGGCGCAGCGCUGAACGUCCUGCGCAGCAAGGGAGUUAGGAUAUAGGGUCGAACGGGUUCCUCUGUCUCUCGGUAUGGAGGGGGGGGAGACACGCGAAUAUUGUAUUAGUAUGGUUUUGGUGUGCUCAAUCUGUAUAUUCCCUGGACUAGAGCGUGGAGGGUCGUGAUGUUCCAAAGACCUGUACAAGUAGCUCUAUAAACACUCCUUCCCGCAGGCCAAGUCUGCUAGCAUUGUUC